AUGGCGGAUAAUGAUUGGAAAUACCGAAUCAAUCGUAAGGGGAGUAUUCCUGAGGAACUGUUGAAACGAUCACGCACUGGUUUGAGGAUGGAGAACGAGCAGUUGACUACGCUUGUGGGGACGUCAGAUGCAGGGAAUGAUCCUCUUACCAGAAGGGUGGAAUGGACUAUAACUGGUAUUAGAGAGCAGUUGAAGGUGUGCCCGAAAAACGUCAGCAUUUGGAGUCCCGAGUUCUCUGCUUGCGGGAUUCGUAACAUGCAGUUGGAAUUCUUCCCACAAGGUCGUGAGACUGCAACUCUCGAUGGUUUCUGUUCGGUCUUUUUCUGGUGUCCUGAAGGAACCAAUAUCAAAUAUCAGCUUUUUGUGGGCAAUCACUACAGAGCUCCUGAUGAGGAUAUUUACGACUCACGUAUGGGUCAUGGACACUCCAAUUUCUGUUUGCUCGACGCGGAAAUCGAUAACGUUACUGACAGUGUCACUGUUGGCGUUGACAUCUUAGACGUGUCGAAGGUGUAUGAGAUGGGCAGGGGAGAAAUUAAAAUUCAUAGGUUGUCGUUGAACAAUCUAAUACGGCGGGAAGUGUUAGUAGUGGAGAAUCGUGAUGUAUCUACGGUGGAAUGGAAGAUAUCGAAAAUAUCUUCCAAGUUAGCCGCUGCACCUCGUGGAGCAAGCCUGUACAGUCCUAUCUUCACGGCUGCAGGCAUUCGGGAUAUGCUCCUGGAGUUCUACCCCAACGGCAAUGCUAAUACCAAGAAGGAAGGAUAUUGCAGUCUUUAUCUACGCUGUCCAGAAGGUACACAAAUAGUCGUCACUUUGAUAGUGGGCUCUUACAAAAAAGGGCCGAUAAUGGCUAAGUUCGACGGUUCGGCUGGUAAAGGCCUUCCGGAGUUCUGUGAGUUGAUGGGGCAAAUUAAUAAAGACGAUGAUUCCAUAGUGGUGGGGUUGGAAUUGAAGAAUGCUGCUGCGCCUGGUACUGACCACGGCAGCGGUAAGAAGACGCUCCUCAAGCUCGAGAGUGGUGGGCAAUCCUUUCAAUAA